AUGUACAUUGAAAAUCUUAUCAAAGAUUAUACUUCUAAGAAUGAAAACCUUAAAAGUAUGACAUCUAUUUCUAUUGACUUAUCUGGAUAUAAGUUCUGUCUAAACCAACCUCGUUCUUCAAUUAAUGUUACAUCCUUCCAAACUAUGCUUCAUAAUACUACUAAUUCAACUUGGAUAGAAGAAUGUCAAGAACAUAGUUUUACAGAUUCAAAUAAUUGUGAAAUUAUGUUUCCUACUAUUGAAUAUAUUGAGAAAAGAAUAAACUUAGCAAUUCAAGAAGGUAUAGAUAUUACUUUAUGUCAUAUAGAAGCAGCACAUCCUAAUGUCUUUGAACUUUUUUAA